AUGCUUGAUGGCCGGCGGCGGCAGCGCCCGUGGGUGUCGCUUUCCUCCUUGGAGGCGCCGUCGAGGAGUUUUUGCACUUCCUCAACUCUCGGGUCAAGAUCUACGGGCGAAAGUCAUGAUCCUGUUCGAUCGGGCGGCGGCGGCAUCUUCAAUGUCGUUUUCCCUCUUUGGGGCGCCGUCUUGGAGAUCUUGGCCCCUUUUGUGCUUCCUGCAGGCUGGACGUGCGCGGCAUCACGGUUGGCUAGGUGUGCAACUGGUGAUGCGUGUGGUUGGCGUUGCGACUCGUGUGAUGACGACGAUGAUGGCGUGCGAAGCUAGGUCGUUGCUUGCCCUUCUGAUGUCGAUGGUCCGGUGCGCCAAUGGGUGUGCCUAUGCUGGCUUCUGGCUGUGACAGAGAAGUCGGAGCUGCGUGCAAUGCCUCUGCGGCAACGAUGACUCCAUGAGGGCGGUUUUCAGCGGGCGGUGCUCUCCGGAUGAUGCGCUGGACUAGGUCGGUGCGAGGCUUGCAACUUUCUUCUGUGAAGCAUUUCAGCAAAAUCGGAGCUGCCAUGUCCUCGACGCUUCGGUCGACUGUUUGGCUUGUCUGUGGCCAGGUCGGCUGUGUGUGCCCCGUGGGGUUGUAUCUGGGUUUUCGCCCGAUUUUUCUUUAAUUAACCGGGCAAAUCUCUUCUUUUUAAUCAAUGAAAAUGGCAAAUCUUUUGCCUCUUAUCAAAAAAAUCAGCUCAAGUUUUUAAGGAAAAGGACGGGAAUUGACAUCGAUGUCGCGCCAGCUGAGAGGGGCGCGCACUGUUGAUGGCGUCGGUCGACACGUGGAACAAUACAGCAACAGAAAUGGCAGGCGAACAUGGGACUCACAGAAUUGCAUGGUUAAUUAGUGAAAAAGUUACAGUACAACACCAUUCACCGAUGUGGUUACCAACAUGCAUUUCACGCACACCAUCGAGAGGAAGGCCACGAUUGAGUUUGCCCGCAAGAGUCCUCGUUAUUACUUGCCCACUUGUCCCAAAAAAAGUUGCUACGCGGAGUGCAGGUGGCCAAGCCACGUGCCAGGACAGGGACACAUACACCACCUACAAAGGCCAAAGCAGACCAGAACAGUUACUAAAAACACCCGAAGUCUUGUCUAUAUAAACGGACGUGUACACGAUCUUGCAAUCCAAAUCAACCGCCCACCCCAUCCAGGCGCUUCUCGCUUUCAGAAAGAGGAAGGACAGAGAAAGAAAGAAGCCAGAAAGCCUCGAGUGAAGUGAGCCAUGGCCUCAGCAACGUUCAUAGAGGUGAUCCUCGCCAUCAUCCUGCCUCCGGUCGGCGUCUUCCUGCGCUACGGCCUCGCCGUGGAGUUCUGGAUCUGCCUCUUGCUGACCCUACUGGGGUACAUACCGGGGAUCAUCUACGCGGUGUAUGUGCUGGUGGCUUAAGCAACGGCCUCUGCUGCAGGGUCCAGGCUUGGACGAGCGAGUCGCUCUGCAAGAGCAACAGGGGCUGUCUUCAGAGGGCAUGUGUUGAUCAGUUCGUGCUUGUUUAUGUAUGUAUUGAUUGAGUAUUGUGGAUUUUUCUUUCUUUGGAACUCGGUAUUGUUGACCUGUGAUGUGAUAAGUAUGUUUAUGAUCUUAAAUUCAAAUUAUUGGACGUCGAAA